ACAAAGAAGCGAUGGUAAAGCGAGGGGGGAGGGUUUACUGGACCUGUCUGAAGCAUCAACAAAAGCCGCGCCAGAUUGCGUGUAUCUCGUCCCUCUCUUUCUUUCCUUCGGCACGCUGCCCAACAAAUAUAUUUUUAUCGGAAGACAAUAAUACCCCUCCCUCGCGCUAUUGCUAUUCCACUUUCUGGAUGUUUGGACAUUUUCAUUUUUUUCUUCAUUCGCCAUUUUCUCAUAUCGAAAUAACCGCUCGCUGAUAUUUGCGGAAUUAAGGAGUGGAAACAGGGAAAAAAACGACAAUGUCCAGAUCAUCAUCGGCGUCCAUGACGACGCCGUUUCCUGCUAUCAAGCCGGAGGCUUACAAGCACAGUCCUGUUCACUACGCCGUCGUCUUGGGGGAUCACACGACUCUGACUCGACUGGUUUCCACUCUACCCAAGCUGGCCGAUCCUGCUCAGAUCCACUCCGAGUGCGACUCGUUGAGUCAAGAGCGCGUAGCUGACCAAAUCUCUGCUGUUCUGGACCGUCGUGACGUCCCCUUCCGUGAAACUCCUCUCCACCUAGCAGUCCGCCUCAACGACGCUGUAGCGGCUAGAACACUUGCAGUUGCUGGGGCUGACGUGUCGCUCCAGAACGCUGCGGGCUGGAAUCCGCUCCAGGAAGCUCUGUGUCGCCGAAGCUCCGACAUUGCGUUGGUUCUGCUAAAACUCCACCACCGCUCCGCCUGGAGCAAGUGGCGCCGUCGUUUACCUCGCGUAAUUGCCGUCCUCCGCCGAAUGCGGGACUUUUACAUGGAAAUCUCCUUCCACUUCGAAAGCUCGGUAAUUCCAUUUGUCGGAAAAAUCGCACCUUCCGAUACGUACAAGAUCUGGAAACGAGACGGUAAUCUCCGAGCGGAUACUUCAUUAGCAGGCUUCGACGGCUUGAAAAUCCAACGGGCUGAUCAAAGCUUUCUCUUUCUCGGCGACGGCGAUCACGUCCACAAUAUUCCUUGCGGCUCAUUGCUAGUCCUCAACCGCGACGAUCGCAAAAUCUUCGACGCAUUCGAAAACGCCGGAGCUCCUAUGAGUGAAUCCGACAUUGCCGGCUUUUGUUCCCAAACGAGCGUGUACCGACCGGGAAUGGACGUAACCAGAGCGGAACUCGUGGGAAGAACUAACUGGAGACGCCAAGAGAAAACCGAGAGCGUCGGUGAAUGGAAAGCUAAAGUUUACGAAGUACAUAACGUGAUUUUCAGCUUCAGGUCACGAAAAGUCGCGAGUUCCGAAAACGACUUCGCGGGAAGUGAACAGGUGUUACCUUUAGAGCUUGACGAAGACGACGACGGUUUUUUAGUUUGCGAGAAUCCGAAUUUCGCUAUGCCUGAUAGGAGAAGGCAUAGUAGCUUCGUCAGAGAGGAGAGGGAGUGGAUUUCGGUCGGGAGGAAGAGUGUGGACGUUUUUCCUUCUUCAGCUGCGGCGGCUGUUCCUCCUCGAAGAUCGACAACUUUCGUACCGACGACAACGACCACAACGGUGGUGCCGCCUCCGCAAACUAAGGAGAAAGAGUACGUGAGGAGUUUACGGCCGUCUGUUUGGUUAACGGAACAGUUCCCGUUGAAGACAGAAGAGCUGUUACCGUUACUUGACAUUUUGGCGAAUAAAGUGAAAGCUGUAAGGAGGAUGCGAGAGUUGCUGACCACCAAGUUCCCGUCGGGGACAUUUCCGGUCAAGGUGGCGAUUCCGGUCGUCCCUACGGUGAGGGUGGUGAUAACCUUCACGAAAUUCGUCGAGCUCCAACCAGCAGAACAGUUCUACACCCCGCUCUCGAGUCCUCGGCAUUUUUCUUACGGCGGAGGAAGAGGCGGCGGCCAAGCGGAGGAGGACCAAAAACCGGAGACCCACAAUUCGUUGUUGCCAUCAUCAUCGUCGUCGUCAUCGUGGUCGUCGACGGCCUGGUUGAGGCGAAGCAACAGUCAAUCAGUGUCUGCCAGCAAGCAGCAGCAGCAGCAACAGCAACAGCGUAGUUCUUCUUCUUCUUCUUCUUCAAUGGCACAACAAGCGGAUCCUUUCGCUAUUCCUAGUGGAUAUACCUGGACCACCGCCGACGACAAGUCCAGCAAGAUGAAGAAGUCCAAGUCCACCAGGAAAUCAAAGUGAAAAUGAUUUUCUCUAUGUUAAAUUUUGAUUUGGGGUUUCAACUUGCAACAUUUUACAGUGUAGAUAUAAAAUUCCUGAUGGAGAAUUUGGCACACAAUUUUGUUUUAAUUGCAGAAAAUCCUUACUUUUGAUCAAUGGCAAUGGGUUCUUUGUAGGAUUCAAUCAUAUCAUUGCUGGUAAACAGGGACUAAGCCAUAGCUAGGGUCUGGCAUUCUUGACCACUAAAAUUUGAGGGUACAUGCAGAGACAGAGCAUGAAUAACCAUUAAUAAAACUUUAAGGUACAAUAGAGAUGCAGGCAUGAAGUAACUCGUUGAAAAACAUUUACCCACAUGUUAAAACAUGUAACCAUCAGUCUAUAGGACUUGGGGGUACAUAGUACACACACAGCUAGCCCUGACUAUGAAAAUACUGAAAAGAUCGCAGAUUGACAUGGUGUUUAGAGGAGUUUAAAUGAUGAAUGUAGGUUAAGUCUCUCCUACUGUUUGGAAGCAAUCAUCACUGCAUCAGUGCUUGUGACUGUUGGCAGCAUGUUGCCAAUGAGGUGAAUUAAACUUUACCCUCUGGAGAAACAAACAGGUUGCUCAAUCUUCAUAAUCCCAGCGUUCCUUUUGGUAUUCACACCCUGUUUGCUUCAACCAGGAAAAGAGUUUACGGCAGUUUAAGAACAUUCGUGCUGGUAUAUUUGUUUUGGUACAUGGAAGGGCGUUUUGGUAAAGUUAAAAGGAUUAAUGCUGCAGAUAUGAGCUAGCUUUUACCUGGCGCGGGAUUGCAUAGCUACACUAUUAGUCAGCCGCCCCCUAUGUAUAAAAUUAGAAGGACAUCUUCAAAGAUGGACCAUUCAUAUGUAGUAAUUGUGAAGUCGAGGUCCCAUAACUUGGAUCUUGUUUCGUGUUAAUGUCUAUGUUUUGCUUGUAAGAAACUUUGUUUCCUCUUACUUUUGUAGCAGGUUCUUUCUGCCUCUUUUAGAUGGUGUAAUAAUUUGGAUCA